CCCGCCCCGCUGUGAGCUGCACCGCCUCGCCUGGCCUCGCCUCGCCUCGCCCAUGGCCUGGAACACCGACCUGCGCUGGCGGCUGCCGCUCACCUGCCUGCUUCUGCAGGUGGCCCUGGUGGUCCUCUUUGGCGUGUUCGUGCGCUACCACCCCGAUGCUGACGCCCACUGGGCAGACCAGAAGGCCGCAGGCAACGUCUCCAGCGACCUGGACAAUGAAUUCUACUACCGCUACCCCAGCUUCCAGGACGUACAUGUGAUGAUCUUCGUGGGCUUCGGCUUCCUCAUGACCUUCCUGCAGCGCUAUGGUUUCAGUGCUGUCGGCUUCAACUUCCUGCUGGCAGCCUUCGGCAUCCAGUGGGCACUGCUCAUGCAGGGCUGGUUCCACUCCUUCCAGGGUGGCUACAUCCUUCUGGGCGUGGAGAACCUCAUCAACGCGGACUUCUGCGUGGGCUCCGUCUGCGUGGCCUUUGGGGCCGUGCUGGGCAAGGUCAGCCCCGUGCAGCUGCUCAUCAUGACCCUCUUCCAAGUGACGCUCUUCUCGGUGAACGAAUUCAUUCUCCUCAACUUGCUGGAGGUUAAGGACGCGGGGGGGUCCAUGACUAUCCACACAUUCGGCGCCUACUUCGGACUCAUGGUGGCCUGGAUCCUCCAGCGACCCAACCUGCAGCACAGCAAGGGGAGGCAGAGCUCUGUGUACCACUCAGACCUCUUUGCCAUGAUCGGCACCCUCUUCCUGUGGAUGUACUGGCCCAGCUUCAACUCGGCCGUGUCCAACCAUGGGGAUGCCCAGCAUCGCGCUGCCAUCAAUACCUACUGCUCCCUGGCCGCCUGCGUGCUCACCACGGUGGCGGUGUCCAGCGCCGUGCACAAGAAGGGGAAGCUGGACAUGGUACACAUCCAGAACGCCACGCUGGCAGGAGGGGUGGCCGUGGGCACGGCCGCCGAGAUGAUGCUCAUGCCUUACGGCUCGCUCAUCGUGGGCUUCAUCUGCGGCAUCGUCUCCACGCUGGGCUUCGAGUACCUGACGCCCUUCCUGGAGGCCCGGCUGCGGAUCCAGGACACGUGUGGCAUCCACAACCUGCACGCCUUGCCCGGCAUCAUCGGUGCCAUCGUGGGCGCCGUGACGGCGGCCUGUGCCAGCGCUGACGUGUAUGGGAAAAGCGGGCUUGUUCAUGCCUUUGACUUUGAAGGUGACAAGCAGAGCUGGACCCCGAGCAUGCAGGGCAAGUUCCAGGCUGCUGGCCUCUUCGUGUCGCUGGCCAUGGCCCUUGUGGGCGGUGCCGUUGUGGGGGUCAUUUUGAAAAUACCAGUCUGGGGUCAGGCUGCUGACGAGAACUGCUUUGACGAUGCCAUCUACUGGGAGGGCUGUUCUCGCCGGCACCUGCCCAGCACCAGGCGGGGCCUCAGAACUGCUUCCUCUCUGCAGAUGCCCGAGAACACUGCCCUCCAUCCCGAGGAUUCGGCCCUCAAGACUUCGGAACCAUAGGCUUCUGGUGCAAGCGAGCAGCAGGCCCUGCAAAUGGCCCCUCAGUGCUGGGAUGUGCUCCCUCCAUGAGCUGGGAGCACGAAAGCCAGGCGAGCAGCACCUGGGCCGACAGAGAAGCUGCGUGCAAAACGGGCAUCCCCAGGGGUCUUGGUGGCCACGUCCUGAGAAAAGCAGGUGUCGUGAGCUGGGUGCCCAGGGCCGGUGGUGGAACCCAGCCUUCCUGCCCUCCUCAGAGCUGACUUCCUACCGCCCCCAGCUGCUGGGCUCCUCCUCCCCCUGGCUGAAUAAACACUUGGUGUUCUUUGUA